UUAGAAACAUUUCAUUUUGCACUCCGCCGCCGAUUUGCAUGUCUGUCAGUCUCGUGAACCGUAAUGUGUCCGAUUAGCUGAACACAACCGUUCAAAAUCCACCGGCCGAGAUGAGUUCAAAAGACAACAAGACGUUCGAAAAGUUAAAACAAUUUUUUCGUAUCAACAAAGGAGCGUCAAAUGCAGGAGCUCUUCGUGUUAAAGAGGAUUACACGCUUACUGUGGAACAAGAACGCGAAAUAUCGUCAGAAACGACGCUGAGCAACAGAAUCAGAGCCAUCAGAGAAUUAACAGAAGUAGCACGUUCACAUCGUCUCGAAGAAAAUGCUGUUGAGACGUUAUGGACUCUGGUACAAGAUUUGUUCAGUAACGAUGUCGCAAAAGAACACCGUAAUAUCGCUUUCUCAUUUAUCAAAAACAUAAUUAUUGGUCAAUACGAAACACUUGGUAUUAUGCGAAAACAUAUUUUCAAUUUCAUUAAAAGUCACGAGAUAGCAGAAGAUCUGUCAUGCAGGUUGGAGUUGUUAGAAAAACUCACAGAACACGGCCGUGACAUUGUUUAUUUAGAAGAAGAAAUUUGCCCUUGGCUUACGUGCUGGGGUGCCUCUGAGUUAGUUCCCGCCGGUUUCACGAUUGAAUGGUUACAAAUGUCCAUUAAUCUUAUUAAAUACAACGGAUCAUACCUAGACGAUGAAGUAAUCCACACUGUUGUCCAAAGCACUUUUUACGUAUGUUGUCAUAUCCAAGACAGAGAAGUUGUCAUUGAAAGUCUUCAACUUUUGGACACAAUCAUAUGCUACAGUCAUUUGCCACCGCCUUCUCUGCCGAUAUUCAUAGCCACUCUGUGCCAUACUGCAAAUUCAGAAGCGUACUGCGCACAAUGUUGGAAAACCAUGAGAAAACUUUUGGGAACCCACAUGGGCUACUCGGCUUUGCACUUGAUUUGUCAGUUGCUCCACAAAGAACAAUCGAAUCGCAACGUUGGCCUUGUACGAGGCGGCGUAUUCUAUAUAAACAUGGCGUUGUGGAGUAACAAACAGAUUACAUCUUUUAAAAUAUCACUGCUUUCGGUUUUGCCUUCAAUUUAUUUGGCACUGUCUUGCGAUCAUCCAAUAGUAGUGUUGGAAGUCGUAUUAGGCAUGGAAUCGUUGGUAACGAAAAACGGUGCCACUUUGCAAAACAUGGUCUGGGAAAAAGUUUUGAAAAUAUUGAAAAGCACUGCCGAGUUUGUUAACCGAAAUAAUGCCAAUUCCAUACCGGUGAUUGUUGAUCACAUUAAUGAAACGCUCACAAAAAUCGAGUCUCUAGUGUUUGCCAAUUCUUACAACGGCACUUUAGACGGCAUUUAUGAUGUCGUUGAGACGUUUUCUCUACACAGACCAGAGUCUUCGGUUUUCAAUUUGAUGGCGUACAGAAAAGAGUUUUUGGUUCCCACCCAAUAUCGAUGGAUUGAAAAUUUGUCAUCGUUUUUAAAUCAUUUCUAUACCAAGGAGAACAGAACUCCCAUACGAAUUCAUGCAGUAACAAAAACACUCGAAGAAGUUUAUCGACAUAACAGCGCAAUAUAUGGAAAAGAACUUAUGAAUGUAAUUCUAGCGACUUUUGCCGAAGUCGCUAAUGAUGCUGAUCCAUGCGUUAGACAAGCGGUUUGUCAAAUAAUUAUUGGAAUUUGUGCUGAAUGUGACAGUCAAUAUCAUAUCCAACUAUUUGAAAUAUUAGAAAAAAUACUAUUAAGACCAUAUCGGUUGAAUAUUGCAAUUCCUUUACAAGAACAUGACACAGACGACAUCAAAUUAACUGUUGAAGGUCUUUCAAAGUUGUUUUCAAACUUUCUAUACCAACAUUCUACUACAUCUGCCGAACGAAUUCUCGCAAUGCUCAUCAGACACUUAAGACAUCAUUACGACCAACCAAUAGUAUUAGAUAAUUGUCAUUCAAUACGUUUAAUGAUUUUCAAAUUGUUAGCUAAACUACAAGUAGACUCUAGGUAUAGACUAGGAUUUAAAGGAUUAAACGGGUAUUCUUCAUUUAUAUAUGUGGAACGCAGUGGUUUUGGGAUAUUAUCGCACAGUCCAAAUUCAUCAAUGGAAGACCAUCAGUCAAAGGAUGACAGUUUGGUGCAGUUUAGUCAAAUAUCGUUAGCCGCAGCGUGCAAGGCCGUGAUAACAGCUUUAAAAGAAGAGCUCGAUUGGACAGUGUUGUGCUAUAUUUUAUCAGAAGUACCUGCAAUUCUGAAGAACAAAGCGUUAAUGUUGUCUGGAAAUGCGGAAUUCGAUCCUGCGUGUGAAUUAGUUUCAACCUUAUGUUUGUUGGUGAACGAUAAAAGUGUUGUUAGAACAUUAAAAAAUACCCCUUCAAAAUGGCUAAAAACCGAUUUUCAAAUCGCCGUCUAUCCAGCACUAGCAGCGUUCGUUUCAUAUCACAAUAGUAUCGAGCCAUCUCUCCAGCAAAAGCUUGUUAAAUGCUUACAAUCAGGUUUGGUCAACCGUUGUAUAGGACCUGUUGUAAUGGCAUUAACUACGUGCAUUCUAGAAAUGAGAGACAUCAUGGUGAAGUUAUUACCUGAAGUUUUAUUAAAUAUGUCUAAACUGUCAGCCACGGCACAAAUUGCUGUGCCCGUUUUAGAGUUCCUUUCCAUGCUGAGUCGUCUUCCAAAAGUGUUUUCUAACUUUGUAGCCGAUCAAUAUAUGUCUGUGUUUGCCAUUGCAUUGCCAUACACUAAUCCUUUUAAAUACAACCACUAUACGGUAUCGUUAGCUCAUCGAGUGAUCGCUAUUUGGUUCCUGAAAUGCCGUACAUCAUUUCGGAGAAAUUUCGUAGAGUUUAUUAAAAAAGGUUUAACGCAAAACAUUUUGGUUCCUUUUGAAGGACAUACUAUUUCUAAGGGCGAAAUCUAUAAUGAAGAUUCGUCUAGUAGAAAACGAAGUUCCAGUCUAACAGAACAAGGCAGUCGAAGGCGUGAUCGAUCAAUAAUAGGUGUUAGCCGUAGUCCAAUGAAUGAUUUGAAACCGCCAAUUGACGAUAAGCUCUUAAUUUUUCAUAAAGAACUAACAGAAACAUGUAUGGACUUUUUAGCUAGAUACGCGUUUGCUACUUGUUCUGCUCUGCCUAAAAGACAUCCGACCGCUGAAUUUAUUCUGGAAGGUGGUCAAACUGCUACUUGGUUAUUAGGUACAAAAUUAAUAACGAUCACGACCAGCGGAUGCACUCAAAAACCCGUACGGAGUGGUCUGUGCGGCAAAUGUUCUCUAUCUUGUCGUCAAACCAGCGAUCCUAAACCUGAUGAAAAAUCAAAAUUGUCGGUCUCUCGAAGCCAGAGUAGUGAAGCUGGUAGUGACCAACCCGAAGUCAACACUCCCGUUAAAGGGAUAGCCUCGCCAUCGAGUUUAUCAAUAACGACUAGUUCGCCGGGAGAAGAUACAAAAAAGUUUCCGCACGUUGAGCCGCCUGAGGCGUUUGAUAUGCCAAGAAAAGACAGCGUUUCCAGCAUAGACAGAUUGGACAAAAAACAGUGUUGUUCUUGCUGGUGUCAGUCUUGGGCGGAAAUAUGCGUACGGUGUCCAACGGGUGUCAUGUCUUGGAUGAUCAGGGUGCAAAAUGAUCGUAAUUUCCAGGACUUUCACUCCGACACGUCAAUGUUUGAUGUGUCAACAUUGUUUCAUCCUACUUUUGGUGAAAAAGUUUUAAAUGGAGAAAUGGAAAGAAUGUGCCAGUAUUUAGACGAAGAAAAAGAAGUGUUAGAGAAUUAUAUGAUAAACGAUGAAGCCAUCAAAAUGGAAUUCAAUGGCAAAGCGUCACAAACCUGCCGAAUGCCAUCCGAUCCGGUUUGCAUUCCUGGUUCUCCCCUGAAACCUGCUCCUUCCCGACAAAAUUCUCAAGAGAGUUGUGAAGUCGAAGACGAAUACUAUGAUGUCGAGGACUUCGAGACCGGAGAAGGAGGAAAGUCUAGAAAUCCAGUUCGUAGGUCCAAUUCUAGCCCUGAAAUGAGCUCAGGUUGGAAAAAUCCGUUCAUGAAAGAAAUGCCCACUUACGAUAAUGACGAUAACAACAAAGACUCCGGAAAUAUUGUUAAACACUUUGAAAUAUUCAACGCUGCCGUUGAUGCUAAAAAAGUCAAACAAAACUAUUCCAAAGACUUACGAUAUAGCUCUAAAGCCAAUUGCGAAGCAAUUCCCGAAGAAAUUUGUGGCACUGGUUUGACUCCACCGUCAAACACUGCAUAUCAACCCAAACCCUUAACUCUUGAUUUAACCAUAGACUCGUUUGAAAAAAAAAUUGAAGUGACAUCUGAUGCUAAAAAGAAUUAUGACAAAGAACGACCAAAACUAUUGCUUAAAUCCACGAAAUUAAAUUCAUUUAACGAAAGUGAUUCAUCGACUAAAUCUUCUGCUGAAAGUGUUGACAUCAAACAAACUACAGAGUUUCCGGUAGCCAAUUAUUACCAUGAAGAAAAAAGUAGAUCGUUAACGUCGACUCCGUCUUAUCUCACUACCAAACCGCCAUUGUCACCACCAAUAAGCUAUGGCUCACAGACAUUGGAAAAAAUAGAAAACGAUACAGAUCCGCCUUUAUCAUCGUUCAGAGGUCGUGUACACACAUUAGCCGUAAUGAACACUAUUAAGAAACCAACUGGUAUGCAGGCAAAUACUAAUGCUUUGCUAAUGAACAACCGAUCAAACCAACCCAAAGAGCCUGUGCGGUCUGGAAUCAAUCCAAGUUUUGUGUUCCUUCAACUAUACCACUCCACCCACUUCAUUAGCGCUGAUAGCGAUGCUAAGCCAAUUCUAUUACCAUUAUCAGAAACUAUAAUUCAAAGAGCCGUACAGCACUUGGAUUGGAUAUCGCCAUACGAACUGCACAAGAUUGGAGUAAUUUAUGUGGGUAUGGACCAAGCCAACUCUGAAAUGGAUAUACUACAGAACCAACAUGGUUCCCCGAGAUAUACAGAAUUUCUAAAAGGUCUAGGAACACUCAUUAAGUUGGAAGAUGUGGAUUCACAAAGUGUGUUUUUGGGUGGGCUAGAACGUAAUGGAACAGAUGGAAAAUUUACAUAUAUUUGGCAAGACGACAUCAUGCAAGUUAUAUUUCAUGUAGCCACUCUUAUGCCAACUGUCGAAUCGGAUGCAAAGUGUAAUAAUAAAAAGAAAAACAUUGGCAACGACUUUGUAACGAUUGUCUACAAUGAAAGUGGUCAAGAUUACGAUAUUCAAACUGUAAAAGCUCAGUUCAGUUAUGGGUGUGUUAUCGUUGAACCUUUGGAACAUGGUGUUGACCAAAUUACCGUGAAAGUCAGGGAGGACUUGGAAAAACAUGUAGGCCAUCAAGAACCAAAGAUUGUAUCUGAUCAAAAUGCUGCCAUGCUAGCCAGACAACUCGCCAUACAUACAGACCUGGCUUCGCAAAUCUUGAGCAGCUCGAAGAAGAAAAACAACGAGCCGUACGCCAGUAACUGGUUAGAGCGACUCAGGAAAAUCAAAGGGAUACAGAACAAAGUAAUUAAAAUGAAAAACGGUCAAGCGAUAAAUAACGAUUCAUCGGCGGCAGCUACAACAGCCAUGAAGCAGACAACAGCCAACGCGGGUCGUCCUAAAGUACAAAUGUCCGAUUUCACUGACUACACAUAAAACUUCAGGCUACUCAACGGGGAUGAUCUCAUUUUUAACUGCGUGUUGAAAAUGUAAAUGUGAUUACAUUGCAUGCAACUAUGUAUAUUUCGUAAUUUGUGAAUUAAUGUGAUUUUUUUUCUUUUUCCAAUGUUAAUAUAUAACAUUAUUGUGUAAAUUGAUUAUCAUUGGCUAUCCAUCUUUUGAUAAUAUUGCGUGUUAAAUACACUAGACGACACUAGUCAAACAAAAA